CCAAUCGCCAAUCGCCAAACCGAAUACGACUGCAAAUUAUUGGCCUUCCCACCCCUGACCAAUUUCCCGUUCUUCCCCUCUCCACCUCUCUCGAAACCAUUGUCCGCUUGUUCUUGGUCUCUGGUUAACCUUCUAGUUUUGCACUCGGCAGAACAGAAAUUUCCAAAAAAAAAAAGAAAGGUCCUCCUUCACCAUGGUCAACAUGACUGGGAGCUUUGCCUCGCCGUCCGCAGAUGCGACAAUCUCGCCGCAACUUUUCGCGCCGGCCGGCCUCGUCGCCUCCGUUCUGGAAGGCUUCACCGUCUGGAAGCUGAUCCUGGCGCUGUUUGUUGGAGCAGUCCUUUACGAUCAGUUCAAGUACCACUACCUCAAGGGCAACAUCGUCGGUCCUGCCUACAAGAUCCCGUUCAUGGGCCCCUUCCUCCAAUCCGUCAAUCCCAAGUUCACCGAGUACAAGGCGAAAUGGGACAGUGGCGAGCUGAGCUGUGUCUCCGUCUUCCACAAGUUCGUUGUGAUUGCCUCAACCCGUGACAUGUCCCGCAAGAUCUUCAACUCUCCCGGCUACGUCAAGCCCUGCGUCGUGGAUGCUGCGCACAAGCUGCUCGGCAAGUCCAAUUGGGUCUUCCUGGAUGGCAAGGAGCACGUCGAGUACCGCAAGGGUCUCAAUGGCCUGUUCACCCGCCAGGCUCUGGCCAGCUACCUUCCCCGUGCCGAGGAGGUCUUCGACGAGUACUUCAAGCGCUUCGUUACCAAGUCCGCCGCUACUAACCACACCCCGACUCCAUGGAUGCCCGACUUCCGUGAACUGAUGACUGCUCUUUCCUGCCGCACCUUUGUCGGCUACUACAUGUCCGACGAAGCCGUCCAGAAGGUUGCCGAUGACUACUACCUGAUCACCGCCGCCCUCGAGCUCGUCAACUUCCCUAUCAUCCUGCCCUUCACCAAGACUUGGUACGGCAAGAAGGCUGCCGACAUGGUCCUCGAGGAGUUCUCCAAGUGUACCGCGAAGAGCAAGGCCCGUAUGGCUGCCGGUGGUGAGAUUACCUGUAUCAUGGAUGGCUGGGUCAAGGCCCAGCAGGAUUCCGCCAAGUACCGCGAGAAGAUCGCUCAGGGAAUCUCGGUCGAUCCCUCCGAGAAGCCUCCUCAGGUUCUGCGUGACUUCUCCGACUUUGAGAUCGCCCAGACUAUCUUCACUUUCUUGUUCGCCUCCCAGGAUGCCACUAGCGCCGCCUCUACCUGGUUGUUCCAGCUGAUGGCCGACCGCCCCGAGAUUCUCGACAAGGUCCGCGAGGAGAACUUGGCUGUUCGCAACGGUGACCGCUCCGUUCCCAUCUCCAUGGAUCUGCUCGAGAAGUUGACCUACACCCGCGCCGUCGUCAAGGAGACCCUCCGAUACCGUCCUCCCGUCAUCAUGGUCCCCUACCUUGUCAAGAAGGACUUCCCCAUCACCGACAAGAUCACCGUCUCCAAGGGCUCUAUGAUCAUUCCCUCCGUCUGGCCCGCCACUCACGACGAGGAGGCCUACCCCAAUGCCGACUCGUUCGAGCCCGAGCGCUGGAUCACCGGUGAUGCCGAGCAGCAGACCAAGAACUGGUUGGUCUUUGGCACUGGUCCCCACUACUGCCUGGGUCAGACCUAUGCCCAGCUGUCUCUGAUGGCCAUGAUUGGCAAGGCCAGUAUGGAGAUGGACUGGGAGCACACUCCCACUGCCCAGUCUGAGGACAUCAAGGUGUUCGCCACAAUUUUCCCCCAGGACGACUGCCUGCUCACCUUCCGCCCUCGUGCUUAAAUAUUGAUUGACGAAUAAUGCAAAAGCACCAAGCUGGAAAAAAAAACUCCCGGCCCCAACCUCCGGAUAGAACGGGCUCGGUGACACAUUCAGCACGGCCUUUCUGUCCUGGAGAUGGAGGGGCCAUUCUUUUUCACAAUUCAUUUCUCGCCUCGGUACUGGCACGCAUGGUCAACAGUCCUCUUGCCGGACUUGGAAAAAAAGUUACCGUGGUCGCUCACCGGGGCAAUUGGUCUUCAAAUCUGGGAGAGCUCUUUUCAGAGAUUAUCCCCCUAAUACCCCCUUUGUGUAUAGAGCGGCCCGUGUGGGAUCGCUACUGCUGAGCAUCUCUUUUCCGGGUUGUCUCUGCUUCUUUUCUCUCUCCUCGGUGUGAAAGACCCUAGAG